AUGACCGGAAACGCUCCAAUAUCGCAGGACCUCCCAUGGACGCUCCGGUUAUUCAUUUUCAUUCUCACCUUCGUGCUUAAUACCGCUCGCCGCUCAAAUGGCACUGUUAAUCGCCCAUUCAUGAAAGUCUUCGAUUCCAAGACCUCUCCUUUAAAAGAAGCCGACGUCCAAACCACUGAUGUAAUUGUUGACACCACCCGCGAUCUAUGGUUCCGCCUCUUCAUCCCCACCACGGCCACCACCACCAAACUUCCGGUGAUAAUAUAUUUCCACGGCGGCGGUUUUGUCUUCUUCUCAGCCAACUCAAACCUCUUCGAAGCCAUCUGCAAACGCCUCGCAGUGAAUCUCCCGGCCGUCGUCAUCUCAGUCAACUACCGGCUUUCGCCAGAGCAUCGCUACCCGUCUGCGUUCGAAGAUGGAUUUGACGUGAUAAAGUUUAUCGAUACAUCAAACUUGAAAGGCUUUCCAAGUAACGCUGACCUCAACAGGUGUUUCCUUGCCGGCGACAGCGCUGGCGGCAACAUGGCACACCACGUGGCUGUCAUGGCGGGUGAGCACGAGUUUUCGAAGGUGAAAGUGAUUGGCAUCGUAGGGAUACAACCUUUCUUUGGCGCAGUAGAAAGGACUGAGUCGGAAAUCAGGCUUGAUAAAAAGACGUUGAUACUUUCUUUGGAGAUAACCGACUGGUACUGGAAGGCUUUUCUGCCGGUGGGAGAGAACAGAGACCACCCUGUGGUUAAUGUCUUCGGCCCACGAUCAGAAGCUGUUUUGGGGUUCAACUUCCCGGCGACGAUCGUCUUCAUGGGAGGGUUUGAUAUAUUAAAAGACGGGCAAAAGAGAUAUUGCGAGGGGUUGAAGAAAGCUGGAAAAGAAGUUCAUAUGGUCGAGUACCCGAAUGCAUUUCAUGGAUUUUACUGUUUUCCUCAGUUGAAAGAGUGGUCUUUAUUAAUUGAUGAGCUGAAGGACUUCAUUGGGAAGCAAUCAGCAGCUCAUCAGUAA